CCAAGGCCGUGAAAAUAGCCGAGGCGCCGCAAAACUGUCAUGGUGGAAAAAAACCGGAAGUCUGCCGAAAACGCCUGCAGUAGAGACUAGGUAAAGCAGAAGCGCCGCCACCACAGGAAGUGUCCGCCUCGCUGGCGAACGGAAGUACGUAGGAACUCAUAGUCAUAGGGAGCUGGGAGCAAGGGGGAAGACGGAAAGUGACGGACCGCCUAGAGAAGAGAACCGGCGGCCCAAGAGGCCGCCCGGCCUCUCGCCCGAAGGGAAGGCUCGCCGGGGUGGGGCAUCCUGGUAACUUUCAGCCCCCUGGAGGCCAUGAGAGAGUCUGCAGCUCCCUCAGAAGCCCCCAGGACCCCCGGUGCCGAGGCAGGUGCCGGGGCGGAAGGGGGAGAUGCCCGCGGUUCCGGCCUACCGGCGUCCGCGGCCUCCGGGGAGCCUGCGGAGGCACUAAGGUCGGUCCCUAGACGUGCGAGAGGCUUACGGCCUGUCCAGAGUGCAGGGGGAGGGGCCGGGCCCUUACGGGUGCCGGACCGCGGCGUCGGAACCUGGACAAAGCUAGUGACCUGCAGGUAUCAUUUACAUGGGUCGUGCAAGCAAGGGGAGAAGUGCCGCUACUCCCACGACCUCUCAGGUCGGCAGCCGGCUAGCCAGGGUCCCGAUUCGGGGCUCCGGGACCCUGCAGACGGCGGUCCUAGCGCGGCUGCGGAAGUGGAGGCCUCGACUCCGGAAGUGGCGGGAGCUUCCCCUGGUACUUCCGGUCACAACUUGCCGCUGAUUGGCUCAGCUUUUGAAACGGAGAGCGGGAAUGCCGGCGGCCAAGCAGCCGGAGCAGUUGCGGCAACCUGGGCGGAUGCUGUUGAGUUUGUUCCGGGGCAGCCUUACCGGGGCCGCCUGGCGCUGCCUGCCCCGCAGGCUUCGGCACGGAUCUCGGUGGCGCCAGAGGAACCGCUCUGCCAGUACGCUGCCGUGGGAGAAUGCCCUGAUGGGGAGAACUGUAUGUAUCUCCACGGAGAGGUGUGCGACAUGUGUGGGCUGCAGGCUCUGCACCCCGUGAAUGAAGCCCAGAGAGCAGAGCACGUAAGGGCCUGUAUAGAAGCGCACGAGAGGAAUAUGGAGUUCUCUUUUGCCGUGCAGAGCAGUAUGGACAAGGUGUGUGGCAUCUGCAUGGAGAUUGUCUAUGAAAAACCCAGCGCCGGCCUUCGCCGCUUUGGCAUCCUCUCCAACUGCAACCACUCCUACUGCCUGAGGUGUAUCCGUGUGUGGAGGAAAGCCACACAGUUUCAAAACAGGGUCGUCAAGUCGUGCCCACAGUGCAGGGUCACCUCCCACCUUGUUAUUCCCAGUGAGUUCUGGGUGGAGGAUGAGGCAAAGAAGAAGCAGCUGAUUAAGGACUACAAGAAAGCAAUGAGCAAAAAGCCUUGCAGGUAUUUUAUGGAAAGCAGAGAUCGGUGCCCUUUUGGGAACCACUGUUUUUACAGGCAUGUUAACCCUGAGCGUCAAAGAGAAGAAUCCCAAAAGCAGGAUGCUGGAACUUCCAGCACUUACUGGAAUCAGCUUGUGGAGGGCAGCGUGUCCUUUAAGAUCAAUGAAAAGGAGCUUAUCAGGCUUCGCCUGGCCAAGGUGUUGUUUAAGUAUCUCCUUUCGACGGGGAAUUAUAAAGUCCCCUUUUCUGAUUACCAGUGGGAGUUGCUUCUUUUUGAGCUUGAAAAGUAUUUCAAUUUGAUUCCGUAGCAUCGUGCUGUGGCAUGUGGUCUAGUCUGUAGAGGCCCUCUUCUCUGCUAUUUUGCCUGUGUUCCUUUUACAGACCCAUCUGUCACUUUCAGGGGCUGUUGUGACAGUUUUUGUACAGUGUCCCUUUCUGUUUUCUUACCCAUUCCUCUUAUCUUUCCCGCUAGGAUUAUGGUGUUUUGCCGUGUUAAAAAGUAACAAAAGUCUUUAAAAUUACUGUUCAGUGAAAUGGUUAUUGCUGUCAGUUUAUCUUGUAAUCUCUUUUUUCAACAAGAUACACUCAGUUCUAGGUUAGUGUUUACAGAAUUUCUACACUCAUUUUGAAGUCUCUCAAGAAUAACUGUGACAGGGUAAAAGGAGGAGUCUUAACUGACCAAAUGGAUCAUUGUGUGAUCUUGUGGCGCAGCUGCAUAUUUUUCUUUGUUUACAUGCCUGUCCCUUCUGUCAUCCCUUGUCAAGUGCACUGAUGAUAUUGCAGUUAUUUUGUGGUUUCGUGUUUUACUUGAAUCAAGUGCAUAUGUUUACAUGUUUUUAUCCUGUUAACUUGAAGUGAAAAUUAUUUAUAUUAGAAAGUAUAUCUUUAAGAAAUAUAUAUAUGUCUGCAUGUAUGUCUGUAUGAAAGUAGUGUAUUUGAAAUAUAUAUUCAAGAACAUACAUGUGAACAUAAUUGUGUUUACAUAAUAAAAUAAAUGCAGAGCUGUAAGCUGAAGAACAAAGAGCAA